AUGCGGGCCCUGUUCGUGUGCGGCGACCGCGGGAAGAGGGUCGUCAGAUAUGGGCUGCAGAAGGAGGACGAGAAGGAGUGGAGGGAGGUGGGCACGGAUGUGAGCACGUACGAGCAGAAGCACAUGUGCGAUUGGCCGGCGAACAGCAUCGUCGCCUGGAGGGAUCCGGGAUUCGUCUUCGACGGCCUCAUGAAGGGAUUGGAGCCCGGAAGGAGCUAUUUUUACAAGGUUGGUAGUGACACUGGAGGAUGGAGUGAGAUAUACAGCUUUAUUUCACGUGAUAGUGAAGCCAGUGAGACCAACGCAUUUCUGUUUGGUGACAUGGGAACUUAUGUGCCUUAUAACACCUACAUUCGCACACAAGAUGAGAGCUUGUCCACUAUAAAGUGGAUCCUCCGUGAUAUUGAAGCCCUUGGGGAUAAACCUGCCUUCAUUUCACACAUUGGGGACAUCAGCUAUGCUAGAGGUUAUUCUUGGGUAUGGGGUCAUUUCUUCAGCCAGAUUGAGCCUAUUGUUGCCAAUACCCCAUACCAUGUCUGUAUAGGAAAUCAUGAGUACGAUUGGCCAUCACAACCUUGGAAACCAUGGUGGGCUACAUAUGGAAAGGACGGUGGGGGCGAAUGUGGGAUACCGUAUAGCGUCAAGUUCAGAAUGCCUGGCAAUUCUAUCCUGCCUACUGGUAAUGGUGGCCCAGACACCAGGAAUCUUUAUUACUCCUUUGAUUCAGGUGUGGUGCAUUUCGUCUACAUGCCAACCGAAACAAAUUUUGUUGAGGGCAGUGAUCAGUACAACUUCUUGAAAGCGGACCUUGAGAAGGUGAACCGAAGCAGAACACCAUUUGUUGUUUUUCAGGGCCACCGCCCCAUGUACACCUCAAGUGAUGAAACCAGGGACGCAGCCUUGAAACAGCAGAUGCUCCAGCAUUUGGAACCGCUGCUGGUAACAUACAACGUGACCCUUGCACUAUGGGGACAUGUCCACAGGUAUGAGAGGUUCUGCCCGAUGAAGAACUUCCAAUGUGUCAACACUUCAUCAAGCUUCCAAUACUCUGGUGCUCCUGUGCAUCUUGUGAUUGGGAUGGGCGCGCAAGACUGGCAACCCAUAUGGCAACCGAGGCCUGAUCACCCAGACGUCCCCAUCUUUCCACAGCCUGAGAGGUCCAUGUACCGUGGCGUGGGAGCAGAGACGCCAUCCGUGACCAAAACUUGCAACCAGCCAAUAUCUGAGGAGCAGGAGCAGUGUGCCUGCAUGUCCAUCGGCGGCGAGAUGGUGUCGGUGUCAUCCAAGAAGGUGUGCGUGGUCGGCGCCGGCGUCUCGGGGCUGGCUUCUGCCCGCGAGCUGCUCCGCGAGGGCCACGACGUGACGGUCAUGGAGCAGAGCAGCGGCGUCGGCGGGCAGUGGCUGUACGACCCGAGCACCGACGGCGGCGACCCCCUCGACGCGGCCGGCGCGCACAGCAGCAUGUACGCCUCCGUCCGGCUCAUCAGCCCGAGGGAGCUCACGUGCUUUCCGACUUCCCCUUCUUCCCGACGGCACCGGCGACGCCCGGCGGUACCCGGGGCACGCGGCGUUCCUGAGCUGCUAGGCAUGGACAAGUGGAGCAGGAGGCAGCUGCACUCCCACUGGUACCGAGUCCCGGACUCCUUCCACGGCGAGGUGGUGGUGGUCGUGGGCUUCCAUGAGAGCGGCAAGGACAUCGCGCUGGAGCUCGCCAGGGUGGCGAUGGAGGUGCACGUCAGCGUCAAGUCCAUGGAGGGCGUCGCUCCCGGCGUGUCCAAGGCUGUGUCAAGGCACCACAACCUGCACCUGCACCUCCAGGUGGAGUGCUUGUGCGACGAUGGGCAGGUAAUGUUCGCCGACGGCUCGUGUGUCGUCGCCGACUCCAUCAUCUACUGCACUGGGUACGAAUUGUCGUUCCCGUUCCUGGACACGGGCGGGCUGGUCACCGUCAACGACGACCGCGUCGGCCCGCUAUUCGAGCACACCUUCCCGCCGGCGCUGGCGCCGUCGCUCUCCUUCGUGGGGUUGCCCAGGCUGGUGCUGGUGCCGCUGUUCUACGAGGUGCAGGCGAGGUGGGUGGCGCAGGUGCUGUCCGGCCGGAGGCAGCUGUCGUCGUCGGAGGAGAUGAUGCGCUCCGCCAAGGAGUACCACCACGCCAGGGAGAAGGCCGGCGUGCCCAGGCGCCUCUCGCAUGCCAUAUUCUUCGACUUCGAGUACUGCGACGAGUUCGGGGAGAAGCACUGCGGCUUCCCGCGGAUGCCGGAGUGGAAGAGGGACCUCCUGUGGUCGGCUGUCGCACGCAUGAGGGACGACGACAUGGAGACCUACCGUGACAGCUACCACGACGACAGCGACCUAGUCCUGGAGGGCCUGCGCUCGGAGGGCUGGCUGCCUUGGACACCACAAGAGGAGGUCGGCCAAGAUGAAGACGACGGCGUACCAGAGCUAGCCACAACCACCGACACGGGCACACGGCGACACAGACUUGCUGCAUGCACUAUUCGAUCUAGUCGUGACGUUUUGGGAAACAAGUACAGAUCAUAG